UCCCGGUAGUGGUUCAGUCGAGGUGGAACUACAUUACCCACAAUGCAUCUCGCGGGCUCGUCCGCAGCCCUGACAGGCGGUACAGCCAAUAGUACAAGGAGUAUGUUACCCACAAUGCCUCCUGUGGAACCUCUUAUCCAGGCUCGUUCACGCCCUCCUCGGCCGGCUCAAGGUGCGAGGACUGCAUCACCCACAGUGCUUCCCGGCCACGUGGGGUUUGCCUGAGCAGGGGACGCGGGCUCAGCCAAUGGUCGCCGCCGACGGACCUGGGUCUGCGCCCUACGUGUUGUGGACCUCGGUUCUGGUCUGCCGAGCCCUCCGCUUCCAGUGUCCCGCUCCUGGCCCGGCCCGCCACGCAGGGCGCGCCCCGAGCCGCCUCCAGGUCGCAGCGCUAUGGAACCUUGAAAACACCUUUCCCAGUGUCUGGCCAGAGAUAUACGUAGAGACUGGUUUGAUUCCCCCAGACCAGAGAAGGAGCAAGGCCCAGCAGGAGCAAUGGCAGACUCUCCCAGCCUCCAGCAGCCACCACCCCCACCCCUGGAGCAGGAUGAGAUCCUGAUUUUGAAGGUGGAGGAGGACUACUGCUGGGAAGAGGAGCCGUCCGUGGAGACAGAAGACCCGAGUCCAGAGACCUUCUGCCAGCUCUUCCGGCUUUUCUGCUACCAGAAGGUGGCCGGACCCCGGGAGGCCCUGAGGCUCUGGGAGCUCUGCUGCCGCUGGCUGCGGCCUGAGCUGCGCACCAAGGAGCAGAUCCUGGAGCUGUUGGUGCUGGAGCAGUUCCUGACCGUGCUGCCGGGGGAGAUCCAGGCCUGGGUGCGGGAGCAGCGGUCGGAGAGCGGUGAGGAGGCUGUGGUCCUCCUGGAAGGGCUGCAGGGGGAGCCCAGGAAACAAAGGCAGCAGGAUCCAGAGGUGUUCCCUGACGAUGCAUUGCCCCACAAGGCAGGGGAGUGGUUCUUGAAAUGCCAGGCAGAGGCCCUGCCAGAGUAGCUGUUGCUUGAGGAAGGGGCUCAGCACUCCUGCCAGCAGCGCGCAGCCCAGCUGAACCACAGACCAAAAAGAGGCCCCCAGCUCUGGCCAAAGAAGGGCCCAGAGGCUUCCUGGCAUCAGGACACGGCGGUGCUGGCCACCUUCCUUUCAGCCUGGCCCCAGGUGCUGCUGACCUUGGAGGACAUGGCCGUGUACCUGACCCAGGAGGAAUGGAGAUGCUUGGACCUGGCUCGGCAGGGCCACGGCUGCGGUGUCCUGCCAGAGGAUGAGGGUAACGUGCGGAGAGACCCUGGCUUUGUCCAUCAGACACUGUGCUGUGUCUCUGACUUAGAGCUUUGGACGCAAUUCGAGGAUGGCAGGGACCACAGGGAGGACGCACUGAUGACCACGGGGUGGGGCCAAGCACUUCCGAAUCCCGGUCAGCGUCGGGGACUGGCCACCAUCAGACCCCAGUGACCCCUGGAGAUAGGGGGGCCCCGCAGGCUGCAGAAGCCACACACGUGCCCCGAGUGCGGCAAGGCCUUUGGUAAGACGUCGCACCUGACCAAGCACCAGCACACGCAGACGGGCGAGUGGCCCUACCAGUGCCAGGUGUGCGGGAAGCGCUUCAGGGACCGCUCCAACUGCAGCACGCACCAGUGCAUGCACACGGGUGAGAAGUCCUACGCCUGCGCCAAGUGCGGGAAGCACUUCAGCCAGAGCUCUAGCCUGGUCAUCCACCGCAGGAUGCACACCGGCAAGCGGCCCUACACCUGCACCCAGUGCGGGAAGCGCUUCAACAGCAGCUUGCACUUCAGCACGCACCGCAGGACACACACGGGCGAGAAGCCCCACGCAUGCCUUAACUGCGGCAGGGGCUUCCGCCGGGGCACCGGCCUCCGCAAGCACCAGCGCACGCAAGGAGUGGAAGAAGUCGCGAGCCGCGCUGAAACCAGAGGUUCCAGAAUGUCUCAUCCAGUCACUCGCUAUGUUUCUGCGUUUCCACACAGCCCAGGUUCCAGGCUGCGUGAUCUGGUCUCUGUUCCCUUAAUAGACGAGAUCCGUCCCUCUGGUCUGUGCCCUGUCCUGUGUGUACUCUGGAGAACGGGGCAGUCUGGUUGAGCGGUGGGUUUUUACCUUCUGGGCCAGCUCAGGGGGCACGUGGUGCCCAGCCAGAGGCCUGCAGCCUUAGUGGAAGCCUUUUCAUAUCUGACUCAUAAUGAAAAUGCCCUUUUUCAUCGGGAAUGGGGGUUGCUGGCAAGGACCCCGUGACCAGAUCACGUGGAGUCUCUGGCCCUGAUCUUGGCACCCAGUGGCCGGCUGAGGCCAAGCAAGGCCUGCCUUACCUGGUGCAGGGCUAGAUGGGAAGAGGCCCUUGACCACCCUCAGCAUGUGGCAGCUGGCAGUGACGCCAGCUAAAUGCUGCAACAUGUGCCUAAAUGCCAGGGACCCUGCCGGGCCCCUGUCCCCAUGGCCCGUGGAGGAAGGGCGAGAUGCUUGCCCUGCUCCUCCCACAGUGCGGGCGGGGCAGAGGGGCGCUGAGAUUCUCAGACCUUGGAAGCAAGUUUGAGAGAGAACAGGGGGGCCACAGAUCAGAGCUUCAGCCUGUUGGGAGCAGCUGGGCUGAGAACAGCAGUUGCAAAAGGACUGUGAAAAUCAGGGGUCGGAAGAUAACGCUGGGAAAGUACUGGCGAGGGAAGUGACAGAGCGUCCUGUCACCUCAGCUCCCGCCGGGUAUUUACA